CUAUCUUUGCAUUCAACGUUUGCUUUUAAGUUUUAACCGGCACCGUGCUGAACCCCCUCCCGUUUUUCAAGACAAACCGCUACGUGACCGUUGAAGAAGGUAUUGUUAAGAAGAAACAAAAUGGCAACUCCCAACCUUUAUGAAUUCUUGGAGUCACGAGGAGUGGGACCUGAUAUCAUAGAAAGAAUGAAGACAGAAAAGAUUGAUGCAGCUGUUGUUGUUAUGAUGGAAGACACUGCAUUGGCAGACUUCAUCCCGUUACUAGGAGACCGAAUCGCAGUGCGGAGUUUCUGUACUAAACCCCCACAAGCGCCCACUGAUAAGCACCCAAGGAAACAAGCACUGUUGCAGAAACUGCGGAAAAAGUUGAGACUUAGAAGAAAUGAAGGAGAAUCUGGCAGUGAUGAAAAUGAAGAGAGUUCAUCAGGAGCUAGCUCUAGCCACAGCUGCAAGUCAUCUCUGCUGAAAGGCAACAGAAAUGCCACAAGUGACAAGAGAAAGAUAGACAUUGGCUGGCUGGACUUUGACUGUACAUCACAAACCUACAAACAAGUUCGGAAACAGAAAGGUGGGGGUACAAGACAGCUAUCUGUGCUGAAAACGACCGGGCGGGCUGAGUUAUUGGAUCUUGCUCAAGGUUUGUUUUUUAAAGAUGGAGUGUCAUCUAAAGGUGACCAGUCCAAUUAUGAAUUUGAUAUUUGCGACUUUCGGCAGAAAUCAAUGUGUGAUGAAUUCACAGUCGGCCAGCUGUAUGAAGAAUCCAAAAUGCCAAUUUUGAGGUUUUACCUAAGGACAAAAGAAAAGAUCGAACCCCUUGAAAGUGCGAAUGAAAACUCCAACCAUAACAAAAAAAAGGCAAUUAUCAUUGAGUCGUCUGACUCAGGCGAAGAGCAAGCCAUGCCCUUGCCUUUUGAGAAUGUAGGUAAUGAAGUUGAAAUUGGACAGGAAUGUUCAAGCCCAACUUCUCAAUUUGACAAUGAAGCUCCUCGCUCACCCAGUCCUCCCCCAGACACUCCUACAAUCACAUUUGGACCAACACAUACCCCAGAUACUCAGAAUCAGCUAGAUGAUACUAUCCCCUUGCCACAAACAGAGGUUCUUCUGAUCAGAAGGGGAGCAGUUGUGCGAGACAUGAUCAACUCAUUUUCGAAUCCUGGUAUUAUGGAUGCAAACAUUUCUGUGCAUAUGAUACUUCCUAGUGGGCAGAUGGAGGCGGGCCUGGGUAGUGGGGUUUACAAGGAUGCAGUCACUCAAUUCUGGCAGGAAUUUUACGAAGAGAUGACCACCGGGGACACUUACAAAGUACCUGUGAUUAGGCAUGACUUUGGGGAGAGAGAGUGGGAAGCUGUUGCAAGAAUACUUGUUAAGGGAUGGGUUGAUCUUAGGUAUUUUCCCAUUUCACUGUCCCCAGUAUUCAUGGAAACAGCACUGUUUGGAUCUAGUCAUGCUGACACAAAAUCAGCAUUCCUGCAGUACAUUCCUGAGAGUGAGAGAAACAUCUUGGAAGCUGCACUGCAGGAAUUCCCCUCUGACAAUGAGGAACUUGUUGAAAUAUUGGGGGAAUAUGACUGCAAGAAAUUGCCAUCAGAAACCAACCUUUCCCACAUCAUUUCUGAAAUGGGGCACAAAGAGAUCAUUCAGAAGCCAAGAUUCAUAGCUGAUUGCAUGCAGCCAGUGCUGAAAUCACUUCAUGGUAGCCUGACCAAAUCUGAAUUUCUCAAUCUCUAUGAGGAAAUGCAGCCUUCACCCAAGAAGGUUAUUGCUAUGUUGCAGUUUCCUCCAGAAUGUACAGCAAAUGAACAAACUGUUGGAACAUAUCUCAAGAGAUAUGUGAGAUCCCUUAACGAGCACAUGCUGAAGAGAUUUUUGCGGUUUUGUACAGGGUCCGAUGUCCUUUCAGUGAAUGUCAUCAACGUGAUAUUUACUCAGCUGACCGGUUUUGAAAGAAGGCCAAUUGGUCAUACAUGCGGAAAUGUGUUGGAGGUGCCCUCAACAUACGAAAGUUUUGUUGAUUUGCGACAUGAAUUUAAUGAAAUCUUACAAAGUGGAGUGUGGGUGAUGGAUGUUAUCUAGAUUGCCAAGCUUACCUAUCAAGGACGUUACAAGAAAGAUGGCAUU